CCAAGGCAAGUUGAAGAAUUUUUAUGUUUAAGUUUGCCUUUUAAACUGACAAAAAAAAAAAAUAGAAUUCUAUUUAUAUUUGCGCUUUAAUUGCAAUUCAUAUGGUAGAGAAUAUUUCCAAUAUACAUUUGUACAAAGUGUGGAGCAUGGCAUUGGAUCCAGGAGAAACUAAAAAAAGACAGAAGUAAUGGCAUUAUUCACUUCUCUCUAUGUUGUAAAGACGGGAAACUACAAUUAGCUCCAAGAAAAGAUCCUCCUAUGUUGUUAAAAUCUCUUCUUGAUUAUGAAGGUGGACCAAAAGCCAAGAGAUUUAGAUCUAAUCUCUUCUUAAGUUUUCCAUUUUUUGUUGAAAUUUAAGUCAAAACUAUAGUUCCUUACACUGUUAUCUUUUGCUUUUCUUUUCUUUUUCUUUUUCUUUUUAAUUUAAUAAAAAUUUUUGUUUAAUGGUGUUUAUGGUAGUGAUCUUUUUACCCAAAUUGUAGCAUCUGUAAAACCAAUUUUAAGUAGUGGCCUAAAUCAUGAGGAAGCUGGUAGUAGCACUUCUCUUAAGGGGAAAGAAAUAUUGAGAGAGUCUGAAGAACUAAAUGAGAAACACAGUGUGCCUCCUAUCGUUUUAGGAGUUAAUCAAGUUAAAUCUGUUGUUUCAGAAAUGAUUAUGCAGAUAAGAAAGGGGUUGCAACUAGAUGAUUUGCAUGAAAAUAAUAACAAGGAGUUUAGCAAUCAAUCAUCUGAGCUUUAUAAUGCAUCUAUUGCUAAUGACUAUCAGGAAAAGAUAAAAAGUCUUCAAGUGUAUUAUAAGGAAAAUGAGAAGCAAGAAUCAAGUGUUGACCUGUUCGGCAGCAUCAAUGAAGAUAAUUUGACAUCAACAAAGGAACUGGUAACGUUGACCGGUAGCAAUUGGAAUUGAAGAAGAAAGAAUUAAAAAAAAUGAUGCAAAAAAUGUACAAAGAGAUGAUAUCAACCAAUACUCGAAAAAAAAAAAACUGAAGACUUCAAAGGAAUAAGAAGUAGAGAAAAUUAGAAGAUAAUCCAGUUGUUAUCUAUUUCUUUUAGGAUAAUAUUAUUAUAUUAAAAUUUUUAAUUCCAA